AGCGCGGCUGGGCGGGCCGGGAGGCGGCUGCGGGCUCACACCUGCGGCCAGCGAGGGCUGUGCGCCCUGAGGGCAGCGCGCCUCGCUGCGGGGCGGGGCGCGGCCGCGGGGCCCUGCCGUGCCGUCCGGUCCCUGCAGGGAAUGGGCUCCUGUCCUGUCAGUAACUGUGUGCCCUCUGCUCCUCCGUGUGUCCCCCUGCACUACAGGUACUAAAGAUGGGCCGUCGAGCCCGCCAAGACCUCUUUGCAGGUGAAAAACUCAGCAGGAAGAAUUCCCCGUCUGCUUCCCUUGGAGAGUGUUGCAGAAUGCUGAAAUUCUUCCUGGAAGCUUUCUAUUGGAUGUUAGCAUGGCUCCACCACAGACACCUCCUGCUAGAAGGAGCAGCUCUCAAGAAAUGACAUACCAGUUUUGCUCCCUGAGCAAAAUGUCAUCUGACAAAAAAUGUCAUCACCUUGUUGGCAGUGAUAUUUGUUUAAAUGAGGAUGAAGACUAUCAGGAAAAGGCUGACCAUGUUCCACCACCUAAGCCCCCACGCCGGCAAGGAGGCUGGGCAGAUGAUCCUGUACUGGCACCUACCAAGUCAGGAAGAAAGCAUGCAGAAGAAGUAGAAGACCAUCGUCUUAGACAGCAGAGCCUGGAGGCAUCAGAUGAUGGAGGAGACAUUCCUGUGAUCCCUGACUUGGAGGAUGUCCAGGAGGAAGAUCUGGCCAUGCAAGUGGCAGCUCCCCCCAGUGUGCAGGUGAACCGAGUGCUGACCUACCAUGACCUGGACAAAGAUCUAAUGAAAUAUGCUGCCUUCCAGACUCUGGAUGGGGAGGUAGACCUGAAGCUCCUCACCAAAGUUUUGGCUCCAGAGCAUGAGCUACGAGAGGAUGAUGUCAGCUGGGAUUGGGACCAUCUCUUCACAGAGGUGUCAUCAGAACUAGUGACUGAGUGGGACCUGGGACAGUCGGAGAGGGAGGACCACCUCAGUCUCCCAUAGAGCUCUGACACAUCAGAUGUCUCAUACAUCCAUCUUCUGUAAAUAGUUAAGCACCUAGAUUUUCUAUUCACUUGUUUGUAUUUGAGAAUAUAUUUCAGACGUGAAAAUAAAUAGGACCUUGCUUCAUAGAAAAAUUCUCUUGGGAGAAGUUUUGGUUAUUUUUUAAUAAGAAUUUUUCUUCUCAAAAGAAAUUAAGAAUUCUAAACACAAUAAAAUAUUUACUUAUAAAGUAAAUAUUUACUUAUUCCACCUCAGUAGCACCUCUACAGAUAACUGCAAUGGUUGAUCUUUUCUCUAUAGAAACGCAGCCUCUCUGGAGUGGACCAUCAUACAAUGGAGUGUGGUUUGCUCUGAUGGCUAUCAGAGAAGCUUGGGCUGAUAUGACUUAUUUUCAUAGGACAUCCAGGUUACCAUCUUCCUCACAACAGACACCUCAAGUUUUCAGGAUAUCUGAUUUACAUUUCAUCCAGCACCCUUUCCUUGUUAGUUUAACCUCUCUCUUGGAACAUUACCUCUGUAUUGACUCAGGAUGCAGCACCACCUAUUAAACUUCCACUUGUUACAGCCCCUCUUUAUACCUUGAGGUUUCCCAGCUAAAUUCUGACCAGGCAUAACCUCACUUAGCUUUUGCAAUCACAUGAAACCACAGCCUGAAUGGAGAUUGCUUCAGGCAUGGGUACUUUGCAAAGAAAAUGUUUAUUCCACGUGCAUGAAAGAAUGGAGCCUGAUGCUCUCAAAUAAGGUAACUCCCUGGUGGGUGUCUCCUUGGAACCAAGUAACUCACUCUUAUUGUCAUCUAUAUAAAGAAAAACUCAUUUUGCUGUUAAUACCUUGUCCCUGUAGAACUGUGGUGAUUAUUUGCAGGAAACAGUAACAUUACGUCUAAACCAAUGUCCUUCAGAGCCUUGCCCUGUUGGAGAAUCUUGCUAUAUACUUCUGUGGAGUGCAGGUGCUGGGAGGAAGCUUGCUGUGCUGCUUUUCUUUGCUUGUUUGGUUGGUCUAACAGAGCACUGCAUUCCCACUUUUGUGACAGCAGGACAGGUCAAAUAGCUCACUGUGAUUUCACUACUCUGCAGAAUUUCAGGUGAGAGCUGACAUGCCAAACAACUUUACCAACAAAAAAGGAGUUGGCCCCACUCUGGGGCCACAAAAAUAAUGGGAGACUUAUCUGUGUUAAGGAAACUGUAAGUUUUUUACAACCAAAACAUCUCUCCUAUAAGUAGAAAACUAAGUGAGGCAUAAGCUUGGGAGGUCAUUGUAUGGAAGAUAAUCUGAAACUCUUUCUCUGAGCAGAAAAACCUGCUUUGGUAGGAGCAGAAACUUCACAGCUGAGCUGGCACCUAC